AAUGCCUGACGCUUUUUGUGUUAUACUUUCAGUUUCAACACAUCAAUGUCUUAUAAAACCUUAUGUACUAGAGAUACUGGCUACCAUGCAGAUACAGUAGAGUGGUGCCCUAUCGAGGGAUUUGAGGAGUUCUUAGUGUGUGGGACUUACCAAUUGAUAGAGAAAGGGGGACAAAAACAAGUUGCUCAUUUGGGCGAAGACAACGUCUCACAAUUUGGCCGGAGAGUUGGAGACAUCCAGUUAUAUCAGCUCGAACAGUUAAAAAGUUUAACCAAGCAAGGUUCCUACUGUCAGGGAGCGGGUAUAUUGGACACAAAGUGGUACAGAGUUCCUGUGAAUAAUAAAGCUGUCCUUGGUGCUGUGAGUGCUGAAGCUGAAUUAAAAAUAUUAACAUUAUCAAGGGAUGAGGGGGUUGGCAUUGAGGAGUACUCCAGUACGGUUGGACAGGACAAGAUAUGUCUGUCACUUGAUUGGUCCCACAGUCAAAGUACUCUGACCUGUGUGGUAAGCGACUCAAAGGGUGAGCUGACCCUUCUGCAGUGUUCCGAAGGAUCAUGGGAAACCCGUCAAAUCUCACAGUGGGCAGCCCAUGGAUAUGAGGCAUGGAUUGCAGCCUUUGACAGAUGGUCACAUAAUGUUGUUUACUCUGGUGGUGACGACUGUCUCCUCAGGGGGUGGGACACAAGGACUAACUGCACCAAUCCUAUAUUUACCAGCAAGAGGCAUGAAAUGGGUGUGAGUAGCAUACAGUGCAAUCCAGUACAUGAGCACAUCAUGGCUACCGGCAGUUAUGAUGAAAAAAUCUUAGUUUGGGACACAAGGAACAGAAGGACCCCCCUGACCUCGGCAUCCCCAGGAGGAGGGGUGUGGAGAAUUAAAUGGCACCCAGUCACUGGUAACCACAUGCUGACUGCAUCAAUGUACUCGGGUUACCACAUUCUCAAAUUCAUCAAUUGUCAAGGUUCUUGCAGCUUAAAAAAAACUACAUCUUACACUGAAAAUGCAGUCCUUGCUUAUGGUGCAGAUUGGUGUUACAAAAACUUAGCAAAUAAAGCUGCAUGUAGGGGGAAUAAUGAUGACACAAACACGUCAAGAGAAUUUAUUAUAGCAACAUGUUCAUUUUAUGAUCAUAUCUUGCACUUGUGGGAAGUUUGUAUAUAAAAAAUAAAAACAGUUAAAACAUGAA